AUGAGGUACACCGAUCCGCCGUCGGCAGUGCACACUAUCCUCGGCACAGCGCUUUUUUUGUUCGGGAAGGCGCUCGCGCAGGGGUUGACAGCGCAGACUCGGGGCGGGGAUCAGGAUCCUCGGCUGCUCGGCGGCGAGCCCGCCGACCCGGUCGUGUACUGGCUCGCGGCCGCAGACGUGUUCGAGCUCGCCGAUGGCUUGCCGUGCCGCACGAGCGGCACGAUGGGCUGGGGCUGGGAGCGCUUCGAGGCGCGGGCGAGGGAGAAGGCUGAUAGGUGGCAGAUGGAGAUCACCUGGGGCCGCACGCUCGUCGCUAUC